UAACAUUUUGCUUUUGUCAAGACUCGAGUUUUGAACUGAACAGCACAGUGUGUCGAUGUUGCCAAAUGUGUUUCGUAUGUCAAACUUACUCUGACUCUAGCUGUAUGCGAAGUGAUAACGAACAGUGAUUUCGCGUCAGUGCAGCAUGGGAAAGAAACACAAGAAGGAAAAGCAUCACCGUCGUGCUCACGAGGGAGAGCGAGUGGACAAGCCAUUGAAGCUGGUGCUGAAGGUACCUACUCCGGCGCCUCCUCCGAUUCCAGUAACGCUACCUGCUCUCCCCGAACCACCAGUGCCACCAAUUCCACGCCUGACGCUGCCUACUGGAGUCAGCACUGAGCACAAGAAGAAAAAGAAAAAGAAGAAGACACAGCAUGAAGAAGUUGCAAGUAGCGGGGCUGGCGUGAAGAAGAAACAUAAGUCUUCAUCUGCGUCUUCGUCGCGUUCUAAACAAGCCGUACCAGUGUAUGCACCGGUUGAUGCGCAGGGAAAGCCCAUAGGGGAACCACCGGCACUGAUUCGAUCAGGUGUUGUGAAGCCUGCCAAACGCUCACACCACCCUCAUCAUCACCAGCAUCACCGGCAUGAGCAGCAGCAGCAGCAGCAGCAGUACUGGCAGCAGCACGAGCAGCAGCAGUAUGCGUAUCCGCCUAUGGACGUAGCUCCUCCGGGGUUGGAGCCGGCGCUUAUGUCCAUCCCUGUCUUGCCAGCGCUUCAGCCGCCCCCAAGCGCACAGCACCACCAUACCACCAAGAAGAAGAAAAGCAAGAAGCGCAAGCACGAGGACGAUGGGCCACCGAGUCUUGUGCCCCUUGUGCCUGAUCCGCAGCCACCGAGUAAAAAGUUGAAACUACCACCACAGGCACAGCAACAGCACCACCACCACCACGAACGUCACCACCAUCGAGACCUACAGCAGCAACAGACUAACUCAGAACAAAUUGUCAGUAGCAGUAGCAGUGUAGCUAUCAGUUACAGUGGUAGCAGCAGCAGUCAGUCAAAGAAGCACACUCUCAAGACCACCAGCAGCAGCGUGUCCUCCACUCACAGCGCCGCGCCAUCAAGCAAGCCGCCAUCGCCACGCAUCACCGCAACCACUGCAUCGCCAACGGCCGCUCAGUCGACCACCGCAGCCCGUCCACCGUCCAACGAGCUCAGUGUCACUGCUGCUUCGGCGGCCUCCCCAGCAGGGCCAGCAGCAGCAGCACUCCCUGUAGCACCAGUAUCUCCUACACCUCCAGCACCACAGCCGAUGCAACCAUUGAAACUCAAAGCCCUUCUGCAGCAUAUCCAGAAGAUGCUGAAGAAGAAGGACACCCAUGACUUCUUCCAGGAGCCGGUUUCUGAUGACUUUGCUCCUGGCUACUCGCAAAUUAUCAAGAAGCCAAUGGAUUUUGAGACCAUGGACAAGAAAAUUGAUAGCCUUGCGUACCAAAGCAUCACAGAGUAUAGGGAUGACUUUGAAACCAUAUGCCACAACUGUAUGACGUACAACGCACCAGAUACGGUGUACUACAGAGCCGCUAGUUCUCUACUGAAGGCCGGGGUAAAGGUCAUCAAUCGUGACCGCAGUGCUUCUCUCGCUGUACCUGCAGCUGGUGGAUGUUUGACAAUGCCACCGGGAUUGGGAGAUGACAUCUCCUCAGCACAACCCUCACCGUUAUCACUGCAACUCAGUGGAGAACUUGGUGAUACGGUUGCAUCUCUAUCUCCCGAUGCCUUUUCGCCGUCUGCUGGCAAGAUCAAAAAGAAACGUCCUAGUGCUAUUAGCGCAGCACAGCAACAUCAGAAGCAGAUGGUGGCUGACAUUACACGCCAGGCGCAGGAAGAAGCAGCUAAGGCAGCUGAGAGAGUGAAAAGACAUAAGUUUGGAUUCCUGGAGAAGACGGAAUCAGGCGAAACACAGAUGCGCUUUCUCAAUGCGUCAGAAUCAGAAAAGAGCACCAAGAAACUGGUUGACAUCGCUCCACCGCCGCCAAAGGAGACGCCGCCUCUCAAACCGGGUGAAAGGCGGAAACCAUCAGCUGUUUCUGCAAUGAUCAACGGUCCGUACAGUGCCUUUGCACCUGUGUACGAUUCAACCUUCUCCAUGCUCAGUCCAGAAGAGUCUGAGCUGCUCUACUCAUCCUACGGCAAUCAACCUUGCUUCCACUAUGCUCAGAGCUUGCGAUCAUUUGUGAGAGAUGUAGGGCCAAGCUAUGGAUUGGGCAUGGUUGAUCUCUUUCUGAAUCAGCUCACCGAUAGUGGGCAUGACAAGUGUUUGCCUAUUGUCAAACGGCUAACUGCUGAGCGUGACAAGAAAAUGAACAAAACGGAGUUGGUGACGUUGACGCAGAAGAAGAAACUUGAAAAGAUCAAGGAAAAUGCUGCUGCCGCUGCAGCGGUGGCUGCGGCUGCAACUGAAGCCGCCCAGCAGACCUCAAAGUCACCGGAGAAGAAAGCUAAGGACAGUAGCAGCAGCAGCACUACGGUCUCGGAUGAAGCAACAUCAGAAGUGGCCAGAGGUAGCUCGAGCAGUGCCUCACAGACUGAUGCGAAAUCCAAGUCAACCAGUGAUGGAGAUGCAGCGUCUGAAAACACUGUUAACCUGCAGGACAUCAAAGACUUGGAAAAGCUUGGCAUUGACUUCAGCUUCUUGCAACCGUCUAAGAAAGGAGAUGCUGAUGCAGAUGGUGCUGGUCAUACUGCUGAUGAUGCUGACAAGGGCACAAGCAGUGCUGCUGUUAGCACAGACAAGGGCGAAGGCACGGCCGCUAGUACAACAGCCAGUGCAGCGUCUGGUGGUGUUGUGCCAUCAUCACAGCAGCCCACAGCAAGCCCAGCCAUUGUGUUGCACAGUCCAUCAGCCCAGGCAGAAUCCGUGCCUACGCCCAGCAGCACGGAUCUUGCACUGCUUAAGAGCUCUCUUGUAGCUGACCUGGAUAUGGAUAGAGCCAGUGCACAGCCAUCGGCCGCGGGUUCUCCCGCUGCAGUGGCGUCUCCCUCUCCCGCCCCAUCCCGGGACUCGUCCAACGCGGCUUCGUCGGAAGCAUCUCCGUCGCCAUCCGCUGCAUCCACGCCCGGCCUUCCGUCGCUGUCUGCUUUGCUAGAGAGGCAACUUGAUGCUGCUGGUGUAGACGUUGGGUCUGGCAGUGAAAGGAUUGAAGAAGCAAUGGAUGUGGGAAAUGAUGAUGUUGAUGCUUGUGACCAGCCACCCGCUGCUGCUCAUACUGAUACUGGCGAAGCUGACAGGAGUUUUCCUGGUAGUGAGGCAGAUUCCCAACUCAAGUCCAAUGCAGAUGACAUAACUCAGCUGGUCAGCCUGCAGUCGCAACGUUUAAUAGCCGUUGGCGAGCAGCACGCAUCUGCUUCAACGUCCAGCAGCACCGCUGUUGCCCCAUCGCAGGCGGAGAGUGCUACAGCCGCUCACCUUGCUUCAGGGCUGGCACAACUUGCUGCACAGGCUCCUCCAGCUGCUGUGUUACCAAAUCAAACCACCUCCGAUGCUUCCAUGAACACUACUGGUGAUGCCGGUUUAGUGGCUACUCCACUUGCAUCCUCCACCCUGACUGGGACACAACAAGUCAUGCCACUGGAAGGUGUCUCAGUGACCAGUGUGCAAGCUUCAGCCAACGUACCUGCCUCAGCGGCAAUUCCCAAGCGGGCCAUUCGUGAAGGUGAUGACAAUGAUUCCAGUUCUUCUGAUGAUUCUAGCAGCAGUAGUAGUAGCAGCAGUAGCAGUAGCAGCAGUGAUAGCAGCAGUGAUGAGAACUCUGAUAAUGAGCAGGCAGCGGCAGCCUCGGGUUCUGUGCCAGCGUUGUAACAGGCCAGUCUCGUGGGUCCUUUUGUUGAAAUCGGAUGAGUGUAUGCCCGUAUAUGGCACCUGCAUCACAUCGUUGCCUUUACCGGAUUUGUAUGUGUAGCGUAUGGUAGUUCAUGCAUGGAAUUUCGUAGUUGGUUCUACGUGUCUUGAUACCAGAUUUCGCUUUUUGUAGAGAUGAACGAUUUUCACAUGGUCACAGCAAAAUUACGAAUCUACACCCAAGAUGGCUGGGACAGCGGAGUAGUGAUAGGUCGAUUUGUCAUGUUUAGAAAAAUGCUUGCAUAUUCGCUAUUCAUGCGUCACUGUGUUUGCUUCACUAUUGCCCAUUAUGCUUUCUAUCGGGGAGUAGUAUUUUACUAGUCCGUUUCUACUCCCUGCUUUCUAUGAUAUUCUGCAAAGAAUUUGUUCGGAUGCUUGCUGUGCCCUGUGACAUUCGGAACAGGACAUUACUGCUGUUCUUCUCUUUGUACCCUGCUAACAUCACGCUCCAUUUUAGCAAUUGCCUUACGUGACUGAUAGCAUUCAUGCAUGCACCAGAUCUACUGUAUUGAUUCUGGCUAGCUUUUUUUAUUAUUUUUAUUUUUAUUGUUGUUGCAAUCUCUACAUUGCUGAUUUGCAGACGCACAUCAUGAUAUCAGCACAUCAGCACCACUGUGACAUCAGCACCUCGCACCAUUGUGACAUCAGCACGUCAGCACCUCAGCAGCAUGGAUACACAAACAACACUCACUCAAUCACUGACUGUGUGCUUGCACCGACUGUGCACAGUGAAAUCUUCAUUAAUUUUGAAUGCAUCUGCCGCAUCUAGUCUGAAUGUUUUCACUAUUCAAAGUGCUUGGCAGAACAGCCCUGUGUCAUGUAGGCUGCUAUAUCACACCAUUGAUUUGUGUAUUUCUGCUGUCGGAUGAUACUGAAUUAUCAGAUUCUGAUCAUUGAAUAAUUGUCCGUGACGGUCA